CGGAGCUCUAGGACAGAGUUCGAGAUUCUUUGAUGUCGUUUCGUCCUACGAGAGUUGUUAAAAGUCCACACAGCAGCAGUAGUUGCAGAACAGGUUCAUACUUAACCAGAAACAACAUCAAUUAUGGAGAUGUUUAAUCAUCUUCAUGCGAACGUGAAUAAUAAUUUGACAUCAGUUUGUACAGCCAGCGUAUGCGCUGCAGGCGCAUUAUUUCUCUUCUUGAAAUGGAUCAAUAAACAGAAGAUUCAGAAGAAAAUACUGAAGGCUCGGAAAAGAAGAGACAAAUCAUUUCAUGAAGCUAAACAAGCUGUGCAACAAUUUAAAAUAUCGAACCCUGACUUUGAGGGCAGUGUCAUAGUAUCUCUGUCAUUGCCAGAACUCAUUGAGAAACUCAAGGAUGGAUCCCUGCAGCCAGAUGCUGUGCUUCAUGCCUUCAUGGAAAAGGCUCUGCAGGUGAACGACAAACUGAACUGCAACACUCAGAUGCUGAUGGGCUCCGUGGAGCAGCUGAAAGACAUCAAGACUCAACAGAAAGGUCUUCUAUAUGGCAUCCCAAUCAGCAUCAAGGAAAACCUCGGAUAUAAGGGUCAUGACUCUACAUGUGGAGUGCUGAGUAAAAUAGAUCAGCCGGCGCUUAUGGACAGUGUGGUUGUUGCUGUGCUUAAGAGACAGGGCGCCAUUCCUUUCGUCAAGACAAAUGUCCCGCAGGGUCUUCUGAGUUAUGACUGCUGUAACCCAAUUUAUGGCCAAACCCUGAACCCCCACAACCUUCAGAAGACCCCAGGAGGUUCAUCCGGAGGAGAAGGAGCUCUGAUUGGUGGAGGUGGCUCCAUCCUGGGCCUGGGGACUGACCUCGCCGGGAGCGUUCGUAUCCCAUCUGCCUUUUGUGGGAUUUGUGGACUUAAGCCCACAUCAAACCGGAUAAGUUUGCGUGGAGCCAGUUCUUGUAACAAGGGCCAGAAGUCAGUCUUGUCAUCGAUUGGCCCCAUGGCGAGGGAUGUUGAGAGCUUGGCCCUCUUAAUGCAGGCUCUUCUCUGCGAGGACAUGUUCACCUUGGACCCCACCGUUCCUCCCAUACCGUUCAACCGCGAGGUGUAUGAGAGCUCAGAACCCCUGAGGAUUGGUUAUUAUGAGGUAGACGGUAACUUCCAACCAUCUCCAAGCACGGCCAGGGCCUUCAGGGAGACCAAGCACCUACUGGAGAGAGCAGGGCACACGCUGAUCCCGUUCAAACCCCCGCGAAUCACCACGGCCGCAAAUGAGCUGAUGAUUAAAGGGAUUUUGGCGGAUGGAGGUGCGACCCUCCUGAAAAACAUAGGGAAACCCAUUGACCCAACUCUUCAAUCUCAACUAAUGCCAUACAGACUCCCAAACUUCAUAAAGAAGAUUCUUUCUGUCAUUCUCAAGCCUAUUUAUCCACGGAUAUCUGCAUCCCUAAAUUCAAUAUGUGGUUUGAGGUCCAUACCAGAAUUAUGGCAACAACAUACACAAGUCGAGGAAUACAUUCAUGAGGUGUUUGCAGAAUGGAGAAGACUGAAUCUGGACGUUCUUUUGUGCCCAAUGCUCGGACCUGCCUACAAUUUCUUCUACUGCGGCAAACUCAACAGUGUUUUGAGUAUCACGGGUUUGUCUAAUCUGCUGAACUUCCCCGCUGGGACCGUACCCGUCUCUAAAGUGACAGAAGAGGAUGAAGCACAGCUUAAGCACUACAAGGGAUGCCACAGCGAUUUAUGGGACAAACUCUUUGUUAAGGCGGUGACAGGCGGUGUCGGUCUUCCUGUGGGAGUACAGUGUGUGUCUUUACCGUGGCAGGAAGAGAUGUGUCUGCGCUUUAUGAGAGAAGUGGAGAUGCUCACGGCCAAAAAUAAACUCAACAAGUAACAUUAAUGACAUCGUUCAUCUGAUCUUUAUGUCAUUACCUCUGAUUAUUAAAGAAUCUGGGUUGCUAACAAACAUGUUUUAUUACUUUAUUAACUUGGGGGGCGCCAGAUAGUGUCAGGGGCUCCCAUUUCUGAAAUACAUUAAUUUAUCUUAAAGGUUUAGUCAAUUUUCUUAAAAAAAAUCCAGAUAAUUUACUCACCACCAUGUCAUCCAAAAUGAUGAUGUCUUUCUUUGUUCAGUCCAGAAGAAAUUAUGUUUUUUAAAGGGAAAAUUUCCAAGGAUUAUUCUCCUUUUAAUGGACUUUAAUGGACCCCAACACUUAACAGUUUUAAUGCAGUUAAAAAUUGAAGUUUCAAAGGACUCUAAAUGAUCCCAAACGAGGCAUAAGGGUCUUAUCUAGAGAAAUGAUUGUCAUUUUUGGCAAUACAAAUAAAAAUAUGCACUUUUAAACCACAACCUCUUCUUCCUCCGGCUGUGUGACGACCCCCAGGGUGAACGUGAUUUCACCAAGUAGGAUGUGAUCCUGGAUCAACACCAUUGUUGGUCCUGGAUCAACAUUUUCUUUAACCAAUAAGAUUGCAGGAUUAGGAUUUGGGUGUAUGUUAGAUUUAGGUUUAGGAUUGGGUUAGGGGCUUUAAAAGUACCCCUCAAACUAUUAUUUCACACUAAUUUCAGGGUUUAAAAAUGGUUAGGGUUUGAGUUAAGGGUAAGUUGGGGUAUCUUUGAUUGAAACGUUAAUCCAGGAUCAACAAAAAAUGUUGAUCCAGGAUCACAUCUUACUUGGUGAAAUCAUGCAAUUGUGUAAUAAUGUCGAAAGGUCACGUGUUACAUAUAUGAAACGCACAUUUGCGGACCAUUUUAAACAAUAAACGCAUAUGUCAUCUGUGACCUCUUGACGUGAUGACGUAUUACGUGAGGUCGCGCUGGCGAGGAAGAGGAAGACGAGAAGUUUUUCAUGCCAAAACUGACAGUCGUUUCGCUAGACAAGACCCUUAUACAUCGUUUGGGAUCGUUUAGAGUCCUUUGAAACUGCAAUUUUAAACUGUGUAAAAAAGUGUUGAGGUCUGUUUAAGUCCUGGAAAAAUCCUGGAAUGUUUUCCUCAAAAAUAUUUCAGAUAGCGAUAUACUUCCUGGCUCCCUGUCUUUGUCGUUAAGCCUCACCAUUGGUUGAAUUUGAUAUACACAUUCAGACACAGUUACUUCUGGAGGUGUCCCCAAAGUGUCACAGCAGUGACGCAGCGCGAGUUCCCUCGAAAGGGAACACAAUGAAACUUUGCUCUCAUUUGAAAUGUGUCCUCACAUUUAGUCCUUGAAUUUGAGGGUAUUGGACCUGGAAAGUCCUUGAAAGGUCCUUGAAUUUGAAGUUAACCAAGCCGUGGGAGCCCUGCUUGAAAAUAUCUUCCUUUGUUUCAUGUGUAAGUGAGAACACACGCAUCACACAUUUUUAUUGAAUUUUUGAAUCACUAAUGUUGUGUCAUUGUUUUGUUGCCAGUUAUAUUGUUUUAUGUUUAAAGCUAAUUGCACAACCAGCUUCAUAUAAAGUCGUUAUAAAGUUUGAGAUUAAAUGCCAUAAAUGCAUUUUAUGAUGUAAUAAAGUCAUUUUAUGAAAUAAUUG